AUGUUGAUUUUACAAAUUCAACAAGCCAUGUCUAAUUCAACAAGAUGUGCAGCUUGCAAAUCUUUGAGGAGGAGAUGUUCUCAAGAUUGUGUUUUGGCACCCUAUUUCCCCUCGAAUAAUCCCCAGAGAUUUGAUUUGUCCACAAGAUCUUUGGAGCUAGUAAUGUCAGCAAGAUGCUUGAGACGCAUCCAAAAUCAGGGACUUUUUAGCCCUAACGAUUGGGGGACUUCCGGUGAAUUUACGAGGGAUGCAGCAGAGUGCAUCAGUUUUGAAGCAACAUGGAGAGUUAGAGACCCGGUUUAUGGAUGCGUUGGAAUAAUCUCUCACUUGCAGCAACAAAUUAUUCAGACCCAGAUUGAGAUCACAAACAUUUAUGCCGAAAUUGCCCUUCACAAGGCACAGCAAGAACACAGUUAUCAAGUGGCUCAGUCUGGUAAUUCUUUCGAUAACGCUGUCGGGAAGAUGUCC